CCAGCCAGAUGUGGGGGGUGGCAGCCCAGAGGCAUGCCCCCCACCUGGCCACACCGACCCCCCUUCCUCCUGCUGCUGCUGCUGGCCGGCCAGCCCCAGGCCCCCGCUGCUCAGGUGACAGACUUCCUGUUCGAGAAGUGGAAGCUCUAUGGUGACCAGUGUCUCCACAACCUGAGCCUGCUGCCGCCCCCCACCGAGCUGGUCUGUAACAGGACUUUCGACAAGUACUCCUGCUGGCCCGACACGCCCCCCAACACCACGGCCAGCAUCUCCUGCCCCUGGUACCUGCCCUGGCACCACAAAGUCCAGCACCGGUUCGUCUACAAGCGGUGUGGGCCCGACGGGCAGUGGGUGCGCGGGCCCCGGGGGCAGCCGUGGAGAAACGCCUCCCAAUGCCAGCUGGACGAGGACGAGCUCAAGGCCCAGAAGGAAACGGCCGUGAUGUACAGCACCUUCCAGGCGAUGUACACCGUGGGGUACUGCCUCUCGCUGGGGGCGCUGCUGCUGGCCCUGGCCAUCCUGCUGGGGCUCAGGAAGCUGCACUGCACCCGAAACUACAUCCACGUGAACCUGUUCGCGUCCUUCGUGCUCAGGGCCAGCUCCGUGCUGGUCAUCGACACGCUGCUGAGGACCCGCUACAGCCAGAAGGUCGGCGACGACCUCAGCCUGAGCGGCUGGCUGAGUGACGGGGCGGUGGCCGGCUGCCGGGUGGCCGCGGUGGUCAUGCAGUACGGCGUCGUGGCCAACUACUGCUGGCUGCUGGUGGAGGGCGUGUACCUGCACAGCCUGCUGAGCCUCGCCGCCUGCCGCGACAGGAGCCUGUCCACCCUCUACCUGGGCAUCGGCUGGGGGGCCCCCGUGCUGUUCGUCGUCCCCUGGGCAGUGGUCAAGUGUCUGUACGAGAACAUCCAGUGCUGGACCAGCAACGACAACAUGGGUGUCUGGUGGAUCCUGCGCUUUCCCGUCUUCCUGGCCAUUUUGAUCAAUUUCUUCAUUUUCAUCCGCAUCCUUCACAUCCUCGUGGCCAAGCUGCGCGCCCGCCAGAUGCGCCACACCGACUACAAGUUCCGGCUGGCCAAGUCCACGCUGACCCUCAUCCCCCUGCUGGGCGUCCACGAGGUGGUGUUCGCCUUUGUGACUGACGAGCAUGCCCAGGGCACCCUGCGCUCCGCCAAGCUCUUCUUCGACCUCUUUCUCAGCUCCUUCCAGGGCCUGCUGGUGGCUGUCCUCUACUGUUUCCUCAACAAGGAGGUGCAGGCGGAGCUGCUGCGGAACUGGCAUCGCUGGCGCGGGGGCGAGGCGCUGCAGGACGGGCGCCAGGGCGGGAGCCGCUCGGCCCUGGCCCAGACCACCAGCGGAGCCCCCACCGAGAAGCUGCUCCUGUCCAGGGGCCGAGACAGCAACGGGGCCAGCCAGGGCCCCUCUGUGGAGACCUGUGUGGCCGGCAACCUCCCUGGGUUGGCCCAGAGCUGCUUGUGA